AAAUCCCUAAUAUGCCAACUUGUCCUUGAAUCACGACCACCAUCACAAUGACCACCCACGAAACCUAUGACCCCGACCACAUCACGAAGGAAACCUUCCAAACCCUUCUAGCGAGAUACCCAUCCACCGUGGAAUCCACCACGCGGCGCAAAGUCACCACCACCACCACCACCACCACCGAGAAGAAAUUCGGCGCCAGCAGUAGCAGGAGCAGACCCAAAAGCAAAUCCGCAUCCAAGGAUCGUGCAACUGAAGAUCCCGACGAUGCGUCAGCGGCCGUGAAGACCUACCUCGCCCUCGACGAGUUCCGCUACACGAUCCUCCCGGAUGCAGUCCGUCAACGCGCCUCGACCACUCUCGCGGAUGAUGGGGAAGGAAGUGCGUAUCUAGAGAAGGAGGAGUUGGUGCGUUUGGUUGAGUGGAAGAUGAAACACGGAAAAUUCCGCCCCGCAUUACUGGGGAUGAUCCGCUCAAACCCCGACCGUCUGGUGCGGGAGGCGACGGGGUCGGCGUUUCGAUUACUCGGGGAUGCAGAACUGCGGGGGACGUUCCCGGGAACUGCGUUGGAGACGUUGACGGGCCCGUUGAGGGGCGUUGGUCCUGCGACGGGCAGUUUGGUGUUGUCGGUUUUGUUGUCGUCCGAUGAUGGUGAGGGGGACGGUGAUGGGCAAGGGGUGCCGUUUUAUAGUGAUGAUGUGUUUCUGUGGUUGUGUUUGAGGGUUUUCCCUGGCGGCGAUUUGGGGAGGGUAGGGAAGGCGUUUAAGCCGGGGAAGAGCGGGGAGUUGAAUGUUAAGUAUACUGUUGGCGAGUAUCGACAGUUGUGGGAGGCGGUGCGCAGGCUGAGGGCGAGGUUGGGGGUUGGGUGUGCGGAGAUUGAGAAGGUGGCGUUUGUGGCGAGGUUUGGGGGUGUGGAUGGGGUGGCAGAGAAGGAGGAGGAGGUGGAGGAGGAGGAGGAGGAGAAGGAGAAGGAGGGAAUCAAUCUUCAAUAUACCCGGGGGAAGAGGAAGCGUGGGAAGAAUGAAGAGGAGGAGGAGAAGGAGAAGGAGAAGGAGCAAAAGGUUGGUGUGAGGAGAAGUACCAGAAGGAGAGGAGGAAAGUAG